GAGAAGAAGAAGAAGAAGGAGGAGGAGGGAAGAAGAGUAGGUGUCCAUUGCUUCUUCUUCUCUUCUUUUGGGAGUCGUCAAGGAUCAUUCGGACAUUGUUGGAGAAGUGGACAUGGCUACAAGGCAUCAUCAGGCUGUGGUUUCACAACAACAGAGAGGAGAUGCAGUGCGUGCCGGGAAGCAGAAAGUGGUGGCAGGAGCCGAUGGGAGGAACAGGCAGGCUCUUGGAGAUAUUGGCAAUCUUGUGAACCUUAGAGGACCAGAUGGAAAACCAGUCCAUGAGAUCAAUCGUCCAGUGACCAGAAGUUUUGGUGCUCAGCUCCUUGCUAAUGCACCAGUAGCAGCAGCAGCAGCAGCAGCAGCAGCUAAUAAGAAGCCAGUUGCUGUUGAUGUAUCAGUGGCAAAGGAUGGUGUGAAAGCAGCGAAACAGAAACAGACUAUGAUGCCAAGCAAACCAGAGGCUGUUGUCAUUACUAUCAGCCCUGACACUGAAGAAGAAACAGGGCAUGCUGCUCCGAAGAGUUCUCACCGUAAGUCAUCAAUGAAGAAAGUUCAGACCUUUACCUCAGUGCUCACUGCCAGAAGCAAGGUUGCAUGUGGAGUUGCUGACAAGCCAAAUAGUCAGAAAAUUCAAGACAUUGAUGCAUUGGAUGCUGAUGAUCAAUUGGCUGUUGUUGAUUAUGUUGAAGAUAUCUACAAGUUUUACAAACAUUCUGAGAGCUCCUACAGGCCAGACAACUAUAUUGAGUCACAGCUUGAGAUCAAUGCAAAGAUGAGAGCUAUCCUUGCAGACUGGUUGAUUGAAGUGCACCACAAGUUUGAGCUUAUGCCUGAGACUUUAUACCUCACAUUCUACAUUGUAGAUCGGUUCUCGAUGGCGUGCAUCCUCAGGAAGGAGUUACAGCUUGUUGGUGUGAGCUCAAUGCUCAUUGCCUGCAAAUAUGAAGAGAUAUGGGCUCCUGAGGUCAAUGACUUCAUCUGCAUUUCAGACAUGGCAUACACCAGAGAAGAUAUACUGGCCACGGAGAAGGAAAUCCUCAAUAAACUUGAAUGGAACUUAACUGUUCCUACUCCUUAUGUUUUUCUUGUCCGUUUUCUGAAGGCUUCUCAAUGUGAUGAAGAGAUGGAGAACAUGGUGUUCUUCUUUGCAGAAUUGGCAAUGUUGCACUAUUCUAUGAUCAAGUACUGUCCUUCCAUGCUUGCUGCUUCAGCUGUCUACGCUGCUCGGUGCACACUCAAGAAGAGUCCUGUUUGGAGUGAGACACUCAAAAGCCAUACUGGAUUCUUUGAACCAGAAUUACAGGAAUGCACAAAGAUGUUGGUGAAUUUUCAUUCAUUGUCAGCAGAGAGCAAACUGAAGGUGGUGCAUAACAAGUACUCAUCCUCUCAACGUUGUGCAGUUGCACUGAAGCUUUCAGUCACAAAGAUGUUUGAGGGAUUGAAACUUUCAGAUUGAUGAUGCUGGUGUUGUGGCUAAGAUCUUCAUUCAACUUCACUUUUAUUGUUUGUCAAUCAUCAGUUGUUUGAUGAUUUUAGUUUUGGUUACUUAGACCUGUGUCAUCAGGAGUUGUUGUAUCACUUAUCAGUUUAAUUGGUACUAAUAGCGGUAGUUAUUUGUAUUUAGUACUAGUUGAAAUAUCUGAAUUUUUUCUAGUGUUGUGAAUGGAAU